GCUGUCAGAAAGAAAGAAAAAAGAGAAAAAACAGGAUAUCAAGUGGAGCGAGAAGAUGAAACACCAUGAACGCCUGGAGUAGAAGAAGGCUUUACGACUGUUCUCCGUUCAUUACCAAUGGCCGCCAUUAUUUCUGUGCACAACUCUCUCGUAGAGCUCGAACUUUGCCGUAUUUCACAUUCUGCAGCCGCAGCCACCAUGGCCAAGGAGGAUAAAGACAAUAUCUGGAGAUAUCGGCAAAGACAAAGCCUAACACCUUCCUUUCUCGAAGCCCGUCUUAGAAAUUUCAGGAAAACACACAGCAAAUUUGAUAGCUGUUUGUAAUCAUGCACCAGUUUCCCUAUUUUGUCUUCUCCGGUUCCAAGAAUUAUUGUCAUCGUCGCCAUCGACGAAUAACAUAUGGCACGAGAUUCUUAUAUUUCCCAAUUGCUCAAAUCGUUCGGCGAAGACCGCGACGCUCUGAAUUAGGGUUUCGCAUCGCUCAUGCAAUUCGCCCGAGUCAAAUGAGUCCAGCUUUGAACCUAAUGAAGCAGAGGAAGGAUGGAUAUGAACCGUCUGAUACAGAGACAGAAUGGCAAGAAAGCCCUUGGAAUGACCCUAAGGAGAAGAAAAUUGUCCUGGAUUACGAUAAUCGACGAACAGGGUCGGCAGUAUCCAAGAAAUUCAGUGCGGCGGCGAAUGUUUCUCCUCCUGGUUUAAGAAGGAACGGUGGCAGAACACCUUACAGGCCAGCCAAAGACGACAGUGCUCUUGUGAUGCUUCAGAGAAACAUCAGCCCCAUGUCGAGAGCAGAAAGAAGAAGACACGAAUCUCCAUUUAAAGCGGCGGCAGAGGACAUCGGAAGAUCUAGCAUGAGGGCAAGAAAAGAUGAAAAGUUGACUUAUACUCAUGGAGGUAACAAAAUUAGUCAAAAACCAAGCUACAAUAGGCGAUCAGCGACUGCUCCAAGGUUGAGGAUGAGGGAUGAACAACCGAAUACUGUUAAUAAUUUAUCUCAAAGAAGGGAGAGAGCAGCUCCAUCCUUGCAGGUGAACUACUCCAUACAGCAGCAAAGGGAUGUUUCCCAGGUGAACUCUAUGUCAGUUGGGGAGAUGAAUGAAAUGAUUGCAGAUGGGAGGAUUUAUGGAGGUCCCACUUUUAAUGAACCGGUGGUUGAAAGCACGGGGUCGAUCUCACCGGGUGAUAUAUUCUUUUCACGGGAUAGCUUGGCCAUUGGAAUGAAUAACAAUGUCUCAGCAAAGAGAAAUGCCUUCUUGAACUACACAAGUCCAAAGCCUAAAUUCAUGUCUAAAAAGAAUGGUGAUACUUAUAAUCAAGUAAAUGCUAAUGUCGACCUCAAUGGUAGAGGGAUUUCAUCUUCUGGAACUACCACGACCAAUAGUGCUGCUGUAAGUAGAGAAAAUAGUUAUAGAAUUAGCACUGAAAGUAGUAAGAUCAGUGAUGUGAGUGGAAGGACGAGUGAAAGUACAAGAAGGUUUAUAGCCAGUAGAAGAAAGAAGAAGAAUGAGUUGUGGUUUUCAUGUAUGAGGAACGGGACUUGCAGGACAACAAAAUCGCCUGAAAAACGACCACUCGAUGAAGCUUCAUUCAUUGAAAAGGCUAAUGUUGUCGAAUACUUGAGACCCUUCUGGGCGGAUCAGCAUCAACCGGUUUCCUUAAAUGGGUUCACUUUCCAUAAGCAUGAGGCCCAACUUCUCAAGCAAUUAGUUUCACAAGACAGUUUUCCCCACAUUCUGAUCAAGGGUCCACACGGAUCUGGCAAACGACUGCUAAUGAUGGCUCUUCUACGUGAGAUAUAUGGUGAUUCAUGUUCGAAUGUUUCUCAUGAUUUGCGGUAUUUCCAGAUCCAGGAAAGAAAGGCGACGCAAGUUGUUGUUCCAUUAACAUCAAGUGCUCACCAUGUGGAACUUAAUUUAAGCUCAGAAGUAAAUGUUAAAUAUGCUUUGCUGGGAUUGGCCAAAGAAAUAGGCAGCGAGUAUUCGAUUAAUGUGGAAGCAAGAAAUGUCAAUCCGAAGGCAAAUUUCAAAGUGAUAGUUCUUUUAGAUGUAGACAAAGCAUCUGAGGAUACUCAACACUUGCUUAGGUGGAUUAUGGAUGGCUAUAAGGAUGCCUGCAAAGUGGUACUCUGCUGCGAAGACGACACAGGCAUCCUUGAAUCGGUGAUAAGCCGUUGCAAAGUUAUCAAAAUUAACCCUCCGGUAAAUCAUGAAAUCAUGGAGUUACUAAUCCAAAUAGCAGAGAAGGAAGAAUUUGACCUGCCCAUGAACUUUGCUUCUAAGAUUGCUAGUAAAGCAAAGCAGGACCUGAGAAAAGCAAUCAUGGCACUUGAAGCAUGCAAGGCACACAAUUAUCCAUUUGCUGAUGACCAGCCAAUCCCUAUUGGAUGGGAAGAGCCCGUGGUAGAACUUGCAGCACAAAUUCUCGAAGAUCCAUCAAAUUCAAGAUUACAUCUAGUAAAAGAAAAGAUUCAGAAGCUUCUCCUUGAUUCGGUUCAUCCGAAACUAAUUCUCCAGAAGUUUGUGGAACAAUUUCUGAAAAGAAUUGAGCUGAGGUCAAGGAGGGAACUUUAUUACUGGCAUGCUUAUUAUAACAAAAAACUCCCAACUGAGACUGGAACAAGUGCUUUACCCAAAUUGGAAGAAUUUGUAGCGAAGUUCAUGAGCAUGUACAGGAAGAGCUCCACCAACUUCGUUUAUGAUCGAUAAAAAUGUUGAUAUUGAUGCAAACUUUUGAAAGGUUUACUGUAAUUCACAUGAUUGUGUUGCAGAAAAAGGAGGAAGAAAGGAAACCACAAUUUGAUAAUGAUAAAACUUAGAUGCUUUAAUGGUAAGGAUGUAUUUCCUUUGUACCACCCCCACCACUGAAAAAAAUUGAUCAUUGAAAGAUGGACAUAUGAAAGAAGAGAGAAAGUAGAAUAAAUGGCUAUCAAUUUUUUAGUGGCUGUAAUUCGGAAGAUACCUAUUUUUCCGAUGACCACUUAAAUAUUAUCAUUUUCUA